CUACUGUCCCCCAUUAUCCCCCGCACAUGGGCGCGCCUCCUACCCCUAUUACCGCCCCGAUGCGCGCACACAGAGACGGCUGAAUGCUAGCCAAAGGAAGCGAAUCAGAGGGAAAUCACCGCCGCUGGAAAACGGUAAAGAAGCAUCUGGUAUGGCAGCCAUCAGGAAAAAGCUGGUGAUUGUGGGCGAUGGUGCAUGUGGGAAAACAUGCCUUCUGAUCGUGUUCAGUAAGGACCAGUUUCCUGAGGUCUACGUCCCCACUGUCUUUGAGAACUACGUCGCUGAUAUCGAGGUGGAUGGCAAACAGGCACGCAAGUGGAUUUUACAGGUGGAGCUGGCUCUGUGGGACACGGCAGGUCAGGAGGACUAUGACCGGCUUCGUCCUCUCUCCUACCCUGACACCGAUGUCAUCCUCAUGUGCUUCUCCAUCGACAGCCCAGACAGUUUGGAGAACAUUCCAGAGAAGUGGACCCCUGAGGUGAAGCACUUCUGUCCCAAUGUUCCCAUAAUCCUUGUGGGCAACAAGAAGGAUCUCCGCAACGAUGAACACACACGCCGGGAACUGGCGAAAAUGAAACAGGAGCCAGUGAAGCAGGAGGAAGGGCGGGAUAUGGCCAAUCGUAUCGCAGCUUUCGGCUACAUGGAGUGUUCAGCAAAAACAAAGGAUGGAGUGAGGGAGGUGUUUGAAAUGGCCACUAGGGCAGCGCUGCAGGCACGCAGAGGGAAGAAGAGCAACAAAUGCCUCCUGCUGUAGAGUGUAUAGGAGAGGGUGCACCCCCUACAGACAUGCACAUUAUAUGCACAUUAUACAAGUGCAGUAUGUGCAUUGUGUUUUUAAUUUAUAUAAACACAAUGCACAUACACCCCUACAGACACACACUAUACACAUUCAAUGAACAUACUCUCACACAUGCCCUACAGUAACACACAUUAUACAUAUAUACAUACAUCCCUAAAGGUACACACAUUUUAUACACACAGUGGGCCUCAUUUAUCAAACGUCAGCUGAACAAAUUUAAUUUUGAAUCAUUCGGAAAUACAUUUACGCAAACAGUUUUUGUAUGUCAGUUUGUUCAUCUGAACGGAUUUCACAAGUGCUCUAAACUGUUUGCAUUGUGUGCGUAAAUGAAAAGGCAUGGUUGUAAAGCCUGCUUUGCAUGUUUGUGCUUUUGUUCUUUCAUUUAUCUUUUAUUUUAGUUAAAAAAGAGUAUCUGAAUUAUUUGAAUAAAUUAUAGUUUGACUAUAUAUUGACACAUUAUAAUUGUCCAAAUUAUAUUAAAAUCACAAUUGGAUUCAAUGUUAGAACGGGUCAUGCUGCAUUUGCGUAAUCCUGAUUAACCUAUUUAAUGCUUAAUUGCAAUAGAAUAUUAACACGUAAAACACAUAAACAAAGUUUGCUAUAAACAGGGUGCAGGAGUCAUAGCUUAGGCCUUCAUUGCUGAGGCUGAAUUCGCUUUUUAGAAAUUAAGACUUUCUUCUUGGCCUCCAAGUUCAUGUUUAACCAUUUUCGUUUUACCUGUUGCAUAGUACACAGAACCUGAGACACAGAGUUUACAGCAACAGCUAGGCCUAUAUCUUGCUUUAGUCUUCCCUGGCCCUGACCACUGCUUACACUAUUGAAUAAAAUAUGUUUGGCUUGUACUAUAAUUAACAGCACCUGAAUCACCACUUCAGAGAAGUUUUUUUUUCUUUUCUCGUCCAUCUCUUUGCCUGCAAUGUAAUUCCAAGUUUUUUAUAUGGCAUUUUAGAGGCGUCAGUUUAUGCUAAUCACAAAUUCUGGGAAUGCGCUUUUCAUUUAAGAUUCAUAGGUAUUUAUCAACGCACGUGGAUACAAAAAAAAGCUGCGUCUAUGCGUGUUUUGUACAUCCAGUGGAUUACUUUGUUUCAAAUUAAGUGUGAAUUUAAACAGUUUUACGAAUAUAUUGAUAAACGAGGCCCAGUGCACAUGCAUGCACGCACGCACGCACACACAUGAACAUUACAUAAAGACCAUACACAACUUGCACUCACCCCAUACACACAUGCACAUUAUAUGCACAAUGUACACCCACACCCAUUCGUACAGAUCUGCAUAUUAUAUACACUCACUGCUCAUGCACACACAACCAUACAAGACUUGCACAUGCACAUUGUGUACACACAAUGGGCAGUCAUGCACGCGCACACACCCUUACAGGUCCACACACAUACACAAAAACAAACACACCUGUAUUGAUGCACAUACACACCUGCAUGCACACUCAAUAGUGCUCCGACCUCCCUUCAGCUCAGGGAGAUUAAUCACAGCCAGUCUUCAUUCAUUUGUUUUUUUAACCUGUUUUUAUGAAGCUUGUGGGCGUGUCAGUAUUUAAAGGGCAGAGAAGUGGAGGCAGCUUUAAACAAAAAAAAAAAAGUAUGAACCUCAACUUGCCUCGUGGCGUUUUGUCAUGUGACUUGUGAGGUCUUUGAUCAAGGCUGGUCCAGAGCCCAGGGUCCUCUUUCACAUGCGUGUCUGUGGAAAUUUUGGGACAAACCCAGGAUUUUCGGUUUCACAAAGCGAGUUCAGUGUCUUAAGCCCAAACCUGCAAAACCUCAAGUUUAAGCUAAUUAGCUGAAUAACAUGAACAUAGCCUCUAUAAGCCACACGGUGAAAUCACAGACACUUCAACAGCAGAAAUGAAUGCACCGUUUGUAAGAGGUUCUUGUCGAUAAACGAGCUAACAAAAGAAGCGCAUUUAGGGACUUCUAAGGCACUAAAAGCAUGUUCCUUUCUUGCUGUUUUUUUGCUGUUGGUACGUGUGUGUGAUUGAACCAUGUUUAACCAGGCAUAUAAGCUAUUUUCAUGUUAUUCACCUAACUGAAGCUUAUGGUUUCACGGGUUUAGGCUUAAGGCCCUGUUGCAGCAAUAGCAACUCUGGCUAAAUUGUGAACUCGCUUUGUUGAACCAAAAAUCCUGGGUUUAUCCUAGAAUGUCUGCAAACUUAAUUUGGUUAACUGAGUUGGCCAUGUUCGUGAAACCGUGCCCAGAUCUGCUACUUAAGUAUUUGGCCCCGCCUCCAGCCUGUUUACUGAUUCCCCUUUCACACCAACGCAACUACCCAAGUAAAACCCGUGUUUGCCUUUGGUGUGAAACGGUCAACCUGUGUUAUCUAACCCAGGUCACCCUGCUCAUGACCUGGGAUUUACGUGGGUUUGACACUGCUCAGCUUCGGUAUGAAAGGGGGUGGGGGACACAGGUUACUCAAUGUAGCAUGAUUAGCUGACCAACCCUUGAUCUUGUAAUGUGUUUUACUGGCCAAAAUGUCCUGAAUCAGUGCUCCAAGUCUUACAACUGCCCUCAUGCACAAACAGUGUCCCAAAACUUUUAUACACAGGCCAUGAUGGAAACCAUACUCAUGUAAAUGUGUAUUAGAAACAAACUUCUGUGGAAUUAUUGCCAUUUUCACUAGCUAGCUUUACUGCUAGAUUCACGCAAGAAGAUGAUUGCUCAGUUGUCACAGGUAAAUAUGUAAUAGUGAAUAUUAAAAAAACAACAAAUAGGCUAUAUUACUUUAAAUGUUUUGUGACAGCUUUUACAAAGUAUUUGCAAGAAUUUGAGCACAUCACUGGGCUAUUGAUUCAGGAGUUAACAUCCUAAAUUAAGCCAGCGUAAUGGCAAACUUCAUUGUAUGCGGUAGCCGGCUGGCUACCAAGCUGUAUUAGCAGGAGAAAGCAGAAUGUGUGCAGAAGUAAACUUGCGGACCCAGGUCUUGUGGCAAAGACCUGGUACUCACCCGUGACCAUAGUAUGGUGUGACUGUGUGAGGGGUGUGAGUCAAACGCAAGUUAAACCUGUGUUCAAUAUCCUGUGUCAACCCUGGGUUUUGUGUGAGAAAGGGGUACUAAUUAGAGGGUUUCCUGCUUGUCCAGCAAUCUCUGUGCAAAAACACGUCUCUGCAAAUGUACAAUAAAGGGAUUAGAAUAAGAGAUUUACAAGCGUAGAUACUGUACACAAAUGGCUAUGUAUGGCUGUGUGUUGAGGCAUACGUGCAUAUACACAAUCAUAAGUACAAAUAUGAGUAUGUGUGUAAAAUAUGCAUAUAUACAUAUGUACACGUGAUUACAAAUAUGUAUUAAUGCAUUUGUGUGUGUGUGUAUAUAUAUAUGUCUAUAUGCAAACAUGCAACAAUGAAUGUGUAUGACAUGCAUAUAUACAUAUGCACACGCAUGGCUACAAAUGUAUAUGAGUAUAAUUGUAUACAUGUACACAACUCACUACAAAUAUGUGUGUGAAAGCAUGUGAGUUGUAUAAUACACAAAUGUGUAUAUAUGCACAUGUGCAUAUAUACAUGUGUACACAGACAUGACUGGAACCUGAAUUUGUAAAGACUUUGGAACUUUUGUGUAAUAAAUUGAUUUAUAUAA